AAAAUAGUUCCGCGUUUGUUUCACCUGGACCCUUUUUGGAGAGGGACGAUGCGUUAAAGCUGCUAAAACCCGAAGUUUUCCGGAGCCAAACUGAAGCAGAAUAUGGGAGACCAGCCGGUCAGAGUUUUGGUGUGCGGGGAUGUUGAGGGCAGACUGAGCUCUCUGUUCAGCAGAGUUCAGGCCAUCCAGAAGAAAACAGGACAGUUUGAUCUGCUGCUAUGUGUUGGGGAGUUUUUUGGAGUAACCCCUGAAGCUGAAGCAGAGUGGCAACAAUACAAGACUGGAGCUAAAAAAGCUCCGAUCCAAACUUACAUCCUGGGGGCAGCAAGCCAGGAAACGGUGAAGAACUUCCCCAAUUCUGACGGUUCUGAACUGGCUGAAAACAUCACAUACCUGGGUCGGCGCGGCGUGUUCACUGGCGCUUCAGGACUCCAGCUGGCCUACGUCAGCGGCCGGGAGGCCCCGCAGGAACCGGCCCCGGCUCACUGCUUCACCUCCAAAGACCUGUCGGCGCUCGUCACCUCGCUCACCAGCAGCUCCAAGUUCAGAGGCGUCGACAUCCUGCUGACGUCGCAGUGGCCCCGAGGCGUGUGGCAGUACGGAAACAACCCGGAAGUGAACACAAAGUCAUGUGGAAGCAGCUCCAUCGCCAGCCUCGCCCACAAACUGAAACCACGUUACCACUUCGCUGCACUAGAGGGCGCUCACUAUGAAAGGCUCCCAUUCAGGAAUCAUGUAGUCCUCCAGGAAAACGCUCAACAUGUCAGUCGCUUCAUCGCCCUGGCAACCGUCAACAACCCCGCCAAGAAGAAGUAUCUGUACGCCUUCAACAUCGUCCCCAUGAAGAACAUGGAUCCCACAGAGCUGGUGAAGCAGCCGCCGGACGUCACGGAAAGUCCUUACACUCGCUCGGCUAAAGACAAAACGGAGACGCAAAAACCGCCGUUCAGCACCACAGAAGAAGAGGAGCCGGUCCACCAGUUCUUCUUUGACCUGAGCAGGAACCAGGGCGGGGCCCCCAGGGGUCGCGGCGGGAAGAGGCCCUCAGACGGACGAGGUCGAGACGGGCAUUUUCAGGGGCAGCCCAAACAACCGCGCAGGCACCCGCAGCCUACUGGGCCCUGCUGGUUUUGCCUCGCCAGCCCUCAGGUGGAGAAACAUCUGGUCGUCAGCAUAGGAACACAUUGUUACCUGGCUCUGGCGAAAGGCCCGCUGACUCCCCGCCACGUUCUGAUCCUGCCCAUCGGCCACUACCAGUCUGUGGUGGAGCUGAGCUCCGACGUGGUGGAGGAGAUGGAGAAGUACAAGUCGGCCCUGACGGACUUCUACAAGAGCAAAGGAGAGCGCUGCGUUCUGUUUGAGAGGAACUACAGGAGCCAACAUCUGCAGCUGCAGGUUGUUCCCGUUCCGCUCAACCGCUGCACUACAGAGGACAUCAAGGAGGCGUUUAUGGUCCAGGCUCAGGAGCAAAACAUGGAGCUGAUGGAGAUUCCUCAACACACAGACCUCAAACAGAUUGCUCCUCCAGGGACUCCUUACUUCUAUGUGGAGCUGGACUCUGGGGAGAAACUUUACUACCGGAUUCAGAAAAACUUUCCUCUGCAGUUUGGAAGGGAGGUGUUGGCCAGUGAGGCGGUGCUGAACAUCCCGACGCGAGCUGACUGGAAGGAAUGUAAACAGAGCAGAGAGGAAGAGGAUGACAGCUGCAAACAGCUGAGAGACGCUUUCCAGCCAUAUGACUUUGCCUGGGACGACUAACAUGCACACACUCAUUCUUGUUUACCUGUUGCUGUGAAGACCAGGGUCGACAAGCUACAUCGUGGGGACCUUGAGCGAAUUAGGACAAAGACAACCAGUCUUUAUGCUGGGUUUUCUUAUUUAGGUUUGAAACUUUCAUUAACAAAUGAAAAGUUCACAAAAUAUUGCUUUUGUACGUUUACAAGAAUUUGCAAAUCUCAAAUAAAAGGUAUUAAUUUCUUGAACUGUCAAAAA